AGCGUUGCGUGUUAAUAAAAUUAACUUUAGCUGCAUUUUGUGUACACGCGCAAGUGCGUAUUUGCUAUAUGCAACAUUGCAUCGAUUUGUUGAUAAUCAAGGGGCAUCUUAGCAAAUGUGUCAGAGAGAUUAUCGGAGAUUGCGUUGAACAUUAUUGAUUAUAAUAGCACGUGUGUACCUGUGCUGUUUGCAAAAUGAUAAAAGAAGUUAGAUAUUCUGAACAAUACUAAAAGUGGGCUACGCAGUUCCCACAUUUACUAACACUUACAUAUCUUCCUUUGUUAUCUCGGAAAUCGAUGACAUCAUAAAUAGACUUUGUUGUUGCUUGAAGUGCAUGACCGCAAAAAUCGACUAUUAAGCAAUAGUAACAAUAGAAGGCUGGCAAUUAGUUACUUUUCAGAAUUUAAUAACGGUCUUUAUGGUGAGAAAAACCAAUUAUUGAACUGAAAUACAAAUCGACCAAGUGAAAAAGACAUAAUGCGGGUGUUCUGUGCACUCUGCGGACUAUUCUUGGCUAUUGCCAUUGUCAAUUGCAGAACCAUUGUCAAGAGAGAAACGGAGGAGGACCUCAGUCCGUUGAACGAAGUUUACGUCGUUGAAGCCGAUAAAGAUGAAGCGGUUGAUGGCGAAAGAGGUGACAGGGACAAGAGAAAGAUUGGUCUCACGGUUGGAAUAAAAAAUGGCAUCCUCAACUUUGUAUUUGGUAAAAUAGAUGGAUUCUUGGAUGCAAAAACAAAAGCGCUCAUAGUUCUCGAUGAAUCCAACAAAGCGAAAAAUGCUGCUUUCGGAAUCGAUCCCCAUAACUCAGCUACGUCGCAGUUUAUUAGUAACUUAAUAUCUCAAAAGAUUCAGAGCGCGACAGGAAGUAUCGGGCCGUUGAUAAACAGCGCGACGACGCUUUUCUCAGGCGCCUCAGCUGGCUUGACGAACGCGCUGGCCUCGAAAGUCGCUCCACUGAGUUCUCUUUCCGGUGGUCUUUCUGGUGGUGGUAGUCUUUCUGGUGGUGCCGGCGCUGGUGCAGGUGCCGCAGGUGGCAGCAAUUCGGCUUUCAUUGGCAAUUUGUUGACCCAGACGCUCGGUUCCUUGUCAUCUCUGAGCCAAAAUAGCGGCGGAUUAGGUUCAUUAAGCAGUUUAAGCGGCGGUUUAAGCGGUGGUAGUGGUGGUAGCGACAGUGCCACCGAAAAUGGUAUCGGUGCAAGCGCCGGUGCUGGCGCUAAUAUCGGAGCUUUCGCCAACUUGGCAGGGAGAACGACUAGAACCACUACAGAAGAUACACCUAUAUUCGAUAGAACUAGGGUUUCCUUGGAAAUACCAUCAAGAGCAUUUGGCGCUAGCUUCACCUUACUAACUAAUGUUACCAAGAUUCUCAACAGUGUAAUUUUGAACUCAGCCCGUCGCACGCAAACACUCGCAGAAAUUUUCAAGCCAUUCUUCCGCGGUGCUUUCGCCAUAAAGGGACUUCCAUCGGAUAAUUCGAUCAACUGAAGUAUCUCAUCUUUUUAGUUGGAAUUAUUAUUAAUUAAUUGCUCAAGAAUUAUUUUACUUUGUUAAGAAACACUCCACAAGUUCCGAUCGCGUAUUUCUGAAUAGAUAAUUUUGUUGAUCAGAAUUUGUGGAUUCCGGUCCAAAGUUCUUGGUUGUAAACAAUUUUAGAUCCGAUUGGGAUAAAAUACGAUUAAGAUAUUGUUUUAUCCUCUGCGACCACUUUUUCACUGUUAUUGUCAUACAAUUGUUAUUUAUGAUGUUAAAUUUUUUACUUACUUUUUUGUGAUUCAAAAACUGACGUCAUAAAUGACAGAUACGCUUAACGAC